AUGGCCGCCAAGAACCUGCCCCCGAUGUUCAACGCAACAUCAACCGACAUUGAAAUGCUCCUCAGCGCCCAAUGCCACAUCGGCGCCAAGAACCUGCAGACGCACAUGGAGCCGUACCUGUGGAAGACGCGCGCCGACGGCAUCAACAUCAUCAACAUUGGCAAGACUUGGGAAAAGAUCAUCCUCGCCGCCCGUAUCCUCGUCUCCAUCGACAACCCGGCCGACAUCGCCGUCAUCUCCGCCCGCCCCUACGGCCAACGCGCCGUCCUCAAAUUCGCCGCCCACACCGGCGCCUCCCCCAUCGCCGGCCGCUUCACCCCCGGCAACUUCACAAACUACAUCACCCGCUCCUUCAAGGAACCGCGCAUCAUCGUCGUCACCGACCCGCGCACCGACGCCCAGGCCAUCAAGGAAGCCUCGUACGUCAACAUCCCCGUCAUUGCGCUGUGCGAUACCGACUCCCCGACCGAGUAUGUGGAUGUGGCCAUCCCGACCAACAACAAGGGCCGUCACGCCAUCGGUCUGAUCUGGUGGAUGCUUGCCCGCGAGGUCCUGCGUCUCCGCGGCACCCUCGCCAGCCGUGAGGCGGAGUGGGACGUCAUGACGGAUCUGUACUUCUACCGUGACCCCGAGGCGGAGGAGAACAAAGACUCCGCCGGUCAGGACGAGGAGAAAGUUCCUGGUGUUGACGAGGUCGGUCCCGGCGCGGUCGAGAGCGGGUUCAACAACGAAUGGGAGGUCUCCGGUGCCGGGGCUGGUGCUUUCGCUGCGGCGUCCGGGACUGCCGGGGCCGCGGCGGCGAGCACGUGGGACAAUGAGGGCGCGGACUGGGCCGCUGCUGAGGCGCCGGUGCAGACGGGAAAUCAGGGGUGGGCGGAGCAGGCCGGUGCCGAGGCGCAGCCGGAGACGACGUGGUAG